UGAAUUUGCUUUACUUUAUUUACUGCAACUGCAAAUAAAUGUAACUGAAUUACAUUUAGUACCUAUUGAACUAUUCCUUCAGAAUGAGUUGUAUACAAUGCGGAGAACAAUCGAAAUACAAAUGUCCAAAAUGCAGACAACCUUACUGCUCAGUAGCAUGCUGCCAAAAACAUAAGGGAACUCCCUGUGAAGCGCCACCGAAACUUAAUGCUACAGAAUCAGAAGAGGUUAAAAAAGAAUAUGAGUUUCCUACUGAAGAUACUGUGCCUCAGGAAAAGUUGAAAUUAUUAGAGGAAUCAGCAGAUUUAAAGCAGUGCUUAACAAAUCCACAUGUGCGGGAACUACUGAAGGUUUUAGAUAGCUCCCCCCACCCUGAUGCAUUGUUUCAAGAAUACAUGCAAGAACCCAUCUUUACAGAAUUUGUUGAUGCAUGCUUAAAAGUUGUACAACCCCCUGAAGAGGAUGACCAAAGAUGACAUUUACAAUUACAUGUUGUGUUUUAAAUUGCAAUUUAGUUAUCAAAUAAUGUGGAGGCAAAUACUUGAGAAACUCAACUCUUUCU